UUCCAGCAGAUUCUGCUCAAACCUAAGAGGUUGUAGAACUUUGAAGAAGAAACUGAACCCUCUUUGUUGCCGCCAAUAAAAUAAAAUACGCCAACCCCAUAAUUUUGCUGCUGUUGUUCGAUUCGAUUCGUUCAGAAGUGAAGAAAUGGACAAUAAUAAUAAUAAUAAUAAUAAUAAUAAUGAUGAAGAGCAGAUUGUAGACGUGAGGUCUGUGGUGGAAGCCGUCUCCGCCGCCGACUCCUCCGACGCCCCUCUUUACCAACUUGAGAGCCUCUGCAUGCGCUGCGGUGAAAAUGGCAUAACCAGGUUUUUGUUGACUCUGAUUCCUCACUUCAGGAAGAUCCUGUUGUCGGCCUUUGAGUGUCCACAUUGUGGGGAGAGGAACAAUGAAGUUCAGUUUGCUGGUGAGAUCCAACCCAAGGGAUGUUGCUACAGAUUGGAGGUUCCAUCAGGCGAUCUGAAGAUGCUUGACCGGCAAGUGGUGAAAUCAGAAUCUGCGACUAUCAAGAUUCCUGAAUUAGAUUUUGAGAUUCCUCCAGAGGCUCAAAGAGGAAGUUUGUCUACGGUGGAAGGGAUAUUGGUACGAGCAGCAGAUGAACUAGAGGCACUUCAAGAAGAACGCAAGAAGGUAGAUCCUCAAACUGCGGAAGCAAUUGACCAGUUUUUGGUGAAAUUAAGAGCCUGUGCAACGGGAGUUUCGCCAUUCGCUUUCAUUCUAGAUGAUCCUGCUGGCAACAGUUUCAUUGAGAACCUGCAUGCUCCAUCACAUGACCCAUCAUUGAGUAUCAAGUUUUAUGAACGUACCCCAGAGCAGCAAGCAUCAUUGGGAUAUCUUGUUGACUCGUCGCAAUCAGCAGAUCAUCGUGAUGGAACAUCAGAACCAAAUAGUUCUUCUGAUCAAAUAAGAAGAGAACCACAUGGAUCAGUUGGAGCAGCAGCUGGUCAUCGAGCCAUUGCUCAAAGUAACAGUGCAGAAAUUGCUGAAGCUUUGUUUCGGUACACAGCACCAGAAGAGGUAAUGACUUUCCCAUCAACAUGUGGAGUUUGUGCAUCAAGGUGUGAGACUCGGAUGUUUGUUACCAAUAUUCCUUACUUUCAAGAAGUAAUCGUCAUGGCUUCCACCUGUGAUGCGUGUGGUUACCGCAAUUCUGAGCUCAAACCAGGUGGAAGAAUUCCUGAAAAGGGGAAAAGAAUAACUCUUACAGUAAAGAAAACUGAUGAUCUAAGCCGUGAUGUAAUAAAGUCAGAUACUGCUGGUGUGAAAAUUCCAGAGCUGGACUUGGAGCUUGCUAGUGGCACUUUGGGCGGCAUUGUUACCACUGUUGAAGGCUUGAUAACUAAAAUCAGUGAAAGCCUUGAGAGAGUGCACGGCUUUACCUUUGGAGAUAGUCUUGAUGAAAAUAAAAGAAUCAAGUGGAUAGACUUCAAAACAAGGUUAAGCAAGCUUCUAAGUUUGGAAGAGCCUUGGACUCUAAUUCUUGACGAUGCUUUAGCUAAUUCUUUUGUUGCACCUGUGACCGAUGAUAUCAAAGAUGACCAUCAGUUAAUGUUUGAGGAGUAUGAGAGAUCGUGGGAGCAAAACGAAGAACUGGGUUUAAAUGACAUAGACACCUCCUCAGCUGAUGCUGCAUAUGGCUCCACAGAUACAACAGCAAAGGACAAGUUAGAAGCAUAGAUUUUCUUUCUUUUUAUUUAUUUAUUUUUUGUUACCGCUUUUUGGGAAAGAACUGAUCAAAAUUGUUGUUUGAUUAUAAUUAUGAGUUCACAACGCCUCUAGUAAGUUAUUUCCUGCAAUUUGUGACAUUUAUAUUUGUCAUCUCAAGUUGAAAUCG